AUGGCCAAGGCCCGUAACCAUGGAGCCCGCCGAGACGACUCCCAUCCGGGCGCUGCUCCGGGCCCAAGCGAAGAGGAUAGAAGCCUCCUCACCGAUGACCCCCUCUCCCACGAAUACCAUGAUCGCCAGGCCGGCCAUUCCGCCGGCCCGCGCGACGACUACUUCGUACCCCCGAAACAACAGUCCGCCGCGCCACUCCGUCAAGCCCUCCGGUCCCCGGGGACGCCACGCACCCCGAACCGCGUCCGCUUCGACCUCAUCCCCUCCAUCGUUCAGCCCUCGCCGCCCCGGCCCUCGAUGACGAACAGCAAUGGCUCGCGCCCCAGCCGCGACAGCUUCGACGUCGACGACGACGAGAUCUUUCAGCACGCGCCGGGGUACGAUGACCACGACGACCACCACCGCCUGCCUCUCCUGACGGACAUCGAGGCGCCCUCCGUUGCGCUCGCCAAUAGUCAGUGGGGCGAGGAUGUACACGAGUGGGCAGAGACGGAGCUCAACCGCCCCAAGUCCGGGCUGAAGAUGGCCUUCAUGAACAUGGCGAACUCCAUCAUCGGGGCCGGCAUCAUCGGGCAGCCGUACGCGUUCAAGCAGGCGGGCAUGCUGGGCGGGAUCAUACUGCUGUUGGGGCUCACGAUCGUCGUAGACUGGACGAUCUGCUUGAUUGUGGUCAACAGCAAGCUUUCCGGGAGCAACAGCUUUCAGGGGACUGUGGAGCACUGUUUCGGACGGACCGGCUUGAUCGCCAUCUCGGUCGCGCAGUGGGCGUUUGCUUUUGGCGGAAUGGUGGCGUUCGGCAUCAUCGUGGGCGACUCAAUACCGCACGUUUUGACGGCCAUUUGGCCGGAUCUGAGGGAGAUGCCCGUGUUGGGUCUCUUGGCGAAUAGGCAGGUUGUUAUUGUCGUUUUUGUGCUGGGCAUAAGUUAUCCGUUGACUUUGUACCGGGACAUCGCCAAGCUGGCUAAGGCGAGCACACUCGCGCUCAUCAGCAUGGGCGUGAUCGUAGCGACGGUCGUGAUCCAGGGAGCUCUGACCCCCAAGGCGGACCGGGGCUCAUUUACACCUGCUCUCCUGACUGUGAACAGUGGCAUUUUCGAGGCCAUUGGUGUCAUCUCAUUCGCUUUUGUCUGCCACCACAACUCCCUCCUAAUUUACGGGUCUCUCAAGACUCCCACCAUAGACCGCUUCUCGCGGGUGACGCACUACUCAGUCGGCAUCUCAACGGUCGCCUGCCUCAUCGUCGCCCUCGCCGGCUUCCUUACCUUCGGCGACAAGACGCUCGGCAACGUCCUUAACAAUUUCCCCGCCGACAAUGUUAUGGUCACCAUCGCGCGCCUCUGCUUCGGCCUCAACAUGCUGACCACCCUUCCCCUCGAGGCCUUCGUCUGCAGAGAGGUCAUGUUCAAUUACUUCUUCCCCGGCGAGCCCUUCAACAUGAACCUGCACCUCAUUUUCAGUUCUAGCCUGGUCGUCUCCGCCAUGAUCAUGAGCCUGGUGACGUGCGACGUCGGCGCCGUCUUCGAGCUCGUCGGCGCCACCUCGGCGUGCGCGAUCGCGUACAUCCUGCCGCCGCUGUGCUACAUCAAGCUCAGCUCCCGCUCGUGGAAGACAUACGUCGCGGGCGGCAUCGUCGUCUUCGGCACCGUGGUGAUGGUCAUUACCUUGAUACAGGCGGUCGCCAAGAUGAUUAGCAACGACAGCGGCCCGGCCAAGUGCAUGUAA